AGGUGAAGGUCAUGGGUCACGUGAUACCGGCGUCAACAUGGCGAAUCGCACAGUUAAAGAUGCUCAUUCAGUUAAAGGAACAAAUCCACAAUAUUUAGUGGAAAAAAUUAUCAGAACACGAAUAUACGAGUGUAGAUUUUGGAAAGAAGAAUGUUUUGCUCUAACAGCUGCCCUUCUGGUGGACAAGGCGAUGGAAUUGAAGUAUAUUGGUGGUGUAUUUGGAGGGAAUGUAAAACCAACAGAUUUUCUUUGCCUUGUUUUAAAAAUGCUGCAAAUUCAACCAGAGAAAGAUAUUGUUGUGGAAUUUAUCAAAAAUGAAGAUUUCAAAUAUGUUCGUGUAUUAGGUGCGGUAUACAUGAGAUUAACUGGUACAUCUUUAGAUUGUUAUAAAUAUCUAGAACCGUUAUAUCUAGAUUACAGAAAGAUUAAGAAGAUGAAUAGAAGUGGAGAGUUUCAAACAAUUCAUAUGGAUGAGUUUAUAGAUGAAUUAUUGAGAGAAGAACGGGUUAUAGAUAUUAUACUUCCUAGAUUACAAAAGAGAAUAGUUUUAGAAGAUAGUAAUGAAUUAGAACAACGGGUCAGUCCAUUAGAAGAAGAUUUAGAAGAAAUGGAUAUCUCGGAAGAUGAGGAAGCACACAGAAGUCCAUCACCAGAAAAACAUCGAGGAAAAUAUAAAGAUUUAGAUAAACCUACAAAUCGCAGUCCUUCGCCAAAAUAUAAAAGAAGUAGAUCUCGGUCUCCACAUCGAAGGGAUAGACAUAAACGUAAAUCUCGGUCUAGGAGUCGAGAAAGACAUAGAGAUAAACGUCGCAGAUCACCAGGCAGAAGACAUAAAGAUGAUGAUGACAGACAUAAAAGAAGUAAGAAGAGUAAAAGAGAUCGACAUCAUAGAGACGAAGAUCGUCAUAAAGAUAGGGGUGAUAAACACCGUGGAGACAAGAGAGACAAAGAUAGAAGCAGACAUAAAGAUCGUCAUCGCGAUCACGGAAGUAAAGAUUCUCAAGAAAUACAAGAAGCCAAUGAAACAAGAGCCAAGCUUGGCCUUGCACCAUUGAAAUAAUCCGCGUAAUUUUAGUACGGAUCAUCAAACAGGCUGCCAUCAUUUGUAAAUAAAUGUGAUUUUUAGUAUUAAAUAAAUCAUGAAAUGAA